AUGAACGAAAAGAACACAUUGAGUACUGUGGAGGAUGAUUUGAAGAGGAAAUUUAGAAAGCUACAGAAGGUGAUUCAUAAAUCAAUUAUUGAAAAGGAUUUAAUUAAAAAGACUAAUCAAAUUAUUGGAAUAAUACAAAGCAUUUCCGAGACGAUUUCCAAUCAUUCUAUGCCACUCUAUGCUAAAUGUUCAAAUUGUAAAGUUAUUAGUGAUGAAGCCUUGACAUUCCGAUCACCAUUCUUUGGAAAUAAUCAUUUUACAAUGCCAAUUCAUUCAUCAACAAAUUCCAAUACUCCUUCUUCAUUUGAUGGAGUAUUAUUACAUGAAUAUCCAACAAAAUCAAUACUGUACUAUUUCGAUAAGGAGUUGAUAGAAUUAUUCCUAGAGAAAAUCAAAACACAAUUAAUUGAUGAAAUUAAUUCAGACACUCUUUCGAGUGAUCUUGUUUUAUCAUUGUCAAUACUUAGUGUGCUUCUUCCGUCUUCAUUUCUGUCAACCAAUAAUGUUGACGAUUUUUAUCAAAAGCAACAGGUUUUCUUCUGUAAUAAUACAGAAGAGUCUAAAAGAUUAGAUGAUGAAUAA